AUGGACGCCUCCUCCCUCCGCAUCUCCAAGUUCGAUGGAACUAACUUCCACGCCUGGAAGUUCAAGAUGCAGAUGGUGCUGGAGGAACGGGACCUAUGGGAGGUCGUCAGUGUUGAAAAGACAGCGGCUGUGAAGAAGACACCUCGUCAAGCUGCGUCAAGUGUUGAAGCAAGUGGAAGACCAAGCUUCGCUAUACCGGUGGGUACCGGUAUGUACCAGUAA